AUGCAAGCUGAGGCCGAGUUUUCUCCUGACGGUCCGAGUGGGAGACUUCACCAAUUCACCUUCAAUUUUCCUGCCGAGGACACCAACGGGGAUAUAAAGACUACGGCGCCUCCAACAAGCCACCAGCUGUGGCUCGGUUACUUGUGUUUUGUCACAAGUUUGUUGGUUCAGUUGCUCGUGGGGUUUGAGUGUUCAGGUUGUGUGAGGAGUGGAUGGGAGAAAGGAGACGAUAAGGGUGAGAAUAAGUUCCUUAUCUUUCAGUGCAUUUGUUCCAAAAAGCUUAGCCUCGUUCGCCGCCCCAACCUCACCCUCCCCAUUACUCUCCCGCAGACUUUCUUGGUGCUCGUCCUCGCGGCGGCCGCCCUCGCCCGCCCUGAUUACGCCUACGACGCCCCAACCUCACCUCCAGAUUUGUACGGCGUCCCUGCCUAUCCCACCACACCCUCGUCCCUGUACGGCGCUCCUGCGCACCCCACUACACCCUCACACUUGUACGACACCCCUGCACAUUCCGCCACGCAGUCCCCCCUCCACAGGACUCCAUCCCGCUCCUCUUCCUCCUUCAACCCUGUCGCCCUCUCCUCAUCCUCACUGGGUGCCUCCUCCCUCCCCUCCUCCUCCUCCAACACUGGUCUCUCCCGUGGGUUUAGGCCAUCACUACCUUCCUCCUCUAGCACCGGUCAAUCCCGUGCCUCCAGGCCGUCCCGUCCCUCCUCCUCCUCUUCCUCCUCCUCCCAGGACGCCGGCUAUUCCUACAACUCACCUUCAGACACUGGCUACUCCUACAGUGAGCCCCGCCAGACUCCCGCACAGUACGACACCCAGUACGUUGUCAGCGACGCCGAGUUCGGUACCAACUUCGGGCAGCAGGAGCGCCGCGACGGGGACGACGUGAGCGGCACCUACUACGUGCAGCUUCCCGACGGCCGCCUGCAGGUGGUCACCUACACCGUCAGCGCCGAGACCGGCUACGUGGCCGAGGUCACCUACGAGGGGCAGACCACCACGGCGGCUCCGAGCUACACCGCCCCCGCCUCCACCUACGGCCAGCCCUCAUCGGCUUACGGCGUCCCGUCCUCAGACUACGGCGUUCCCUCCUCGGGCUGAGACUCAACUAUUUAUUCAGACAUGAACGCCGCCACUAUUUAUGUGUACAGUGUAUUAGUUCCUCAGUCCAUGUAAAGACAAUAAAGCUUAAGUUACGUUAUGUUGAGUUUUCCUGAGACUAAUUCACUAUUUGGCAUCAUAACUCGCUGUCUGCCCGCCACCCCUCCACUCGCUCUCCCUUCCCUCCCUGGACGAGCACCAGGCGGCUAUGAUGCUCACUCUCCUCUCAACAA